AUGGCACCUCCGAUCGCCAAUGUCCCGUCGCUCGAGACGGCGCGGGAGAUCAUCUCGAAGUCGAGAAACUCCCAAUUCCCUCCAAACUUGCUGCCCAUCACAGCGUCUAUCCCGGCAGACCUGUUGACACCCACCUUGGCUUAUCUCAAGCUUGCAGAGAAUUCGCGCAUGUCGUUUUUGUAUGAGAGUGCGGCGACCACAGAGACUAUCGGACGAUACAGCUUCGUUGGCGCAGACCCGAAAAAAGUGAUCAAGACCGGCCCCGGCCAUGGCCCUGCCGCCGACCCCCUCCCCAUCCUUGAAGCCGAGCUUUCCCAGUCCCGGGUUGCAUCUGUGCCUGGCCUGAUCCUCCCCCCGCUCACUGGCGGAGCCAUCGGCUACGUGGGUUACGACUGCGUCCGAUACUUCGAGCCCAAGACGGCUCGGCCCAUGAAAGAUGUUCUGGGUGUGCCGGAGUCGCUCUUCAUGCUGUUCGACACGAUUGUUGCCUUCGACCACUUCUUCCAGGUUGUCAAGGUCAUCACCUAUGUCCCGAUCCCCGCCAACGAUGCCGACAUCGAGGCCGAGUACCGCAAGGGUCAGGAGGUGAUCCAGAGCACCAUUGAGACUCUGCUGCAGGACCGCACGCCGCUGCCGCCGCAGGGCCCGAUUAUUCCCGACCAGGAGUACACAUCCAACAUCGGACAGGAGGGGUACGAGAGCCACGUCAACCGACUGAAGGAGCACAUCAAGAAGGGCGAUAUUUUCCAGACCGUGCCCUCCCAACGGCUAUCACGCCCGACAUCCCUUCACCCAUACAACCUCUUCCGCCACCUUCGCACCGUCAAUCCCUCCCCCUACUUGUUCUACAUCGACUGCCAGGACUUCCAGCUCGUCGGCGCCAGCCCAGAGCUCCUCGUCAAAGAAGAGCGCGGCCGCAUCAUCACCCACCCCAUCGCCGGCACCGUCAAGCGUGGCAAGACCCUGGAAGAAGACACCGCGCUCGCUGACGAGCUGCGCAGCAGCCUGAAGGACCGCGCUGAGCACGUCAUGCUGGUCGACCUGGCCCGCAACGACGUGAACCGCGUCUGCGACCCAACCACCACGCAGGUGGACCGGCUGAUGGUGGUCGAGAAGUUCUCGCAUGUGCAGCAUCUCGUCUCGCAGGUAUCAGGCGUCCUGCGCCCCGACAAGACCCGCUUUGAUGCCUUCCGCUCCAUUUUCCCGGCCGGCACCGUGUCCGGCGCCCCCAAGGUGCGCGCCAUGCAGCUCAUCGCCGAGCUGGAGGGCGAGAAGCGCGGCGUGUAUGCCGGCGCGGUGGGCUACUUCGGGUACAACAUUGCCAAUGCGGACGGGUCGGGCGAGGUGCCUGGUGCGAUGGACACGUGCAUUGCACUCCGGACGAUGAUGGUCAAGGACGGCGUGGCGUAUUUGCAGGCUGGUGGGGGUAUUGUGUUUGACUCAGACCCGUACGAUGAGUACAUAGAGACGAUUAACAAGCUCGGAGCGAACAUUGCGUGUAUCCGUGGCGCGGAGGCGAAGUACCUGAGCAUGGAGACGGAUGGGCGCACAGCAUGA